UCGCGCAAACUUCAAUCUCUCCACUGACCGUCGCAAAAGUAGCGGAGAGAGAAAGAGAGAGAGAGCGAGCGAGAAAGAGGGUGAGCGGGAGGAAAGGAAGGAGGGAGGGAGAAAGAGAGAGAGGGAGAGAAAGGGAGCGAGCGAGCGAGAGCGAGAGCGAGAACGAUAGACGGUGAGGAAUGACUGCGUUGGAGUGCGUGAAACGAGGUACGAAAGUGGUCGUGCGCGGGAAUCGGCGGUUGUGUAUAUAUUUGCCGCUUUACGCUUGUGAUUCUCAUCGAUAUACCUUAAUCGGCGGUGAUCGAGACGUGUGAUUUUUUUGAAACUCCCGAACGGAAAAUCGUCGUGUAUGAGAGUGAAUACGAAGAUAAAAGGUGCGGAAGAAUAUAUAAUUUCACGAUACAAUGGCAACUUUGGCUGAGCAAGCAUCUAAAUUAUUGGACUUCAAUCAGAAAUUGGAUAUAACGCUUCUCGACAAUAUAGUAGGAUGUAUGUAUACUGGGAUAGGUGAGCAACAAAGAGUCGCUCAAGAAGUGUUAACGACCCUCAAGGAACAUCCAAACGCUUGGACACGGGUAGAUACUAUUCUAGAGUAUUCGCAGAAUCAACAAACAAAAUAUUACGGCUUGCAAAUAUUGGAGCAAGUUAUAAAGACACGAUGGAAAGUACUACCGAGAAAUCAAUGCGAAGGUAUAAAAAAGUAUAUCGUAGGCCUUAUCAUAAAGACGAGCAGCGAUCCCGAGACGAUGGAAGCUUCCAAAGUUUAUCUCAACAAACUCAAUAUGAUCCUCGUGCAAGUAUUGAAACGUGAAUGGCCGAAAAAUUGGGAAUCCUUCAUCAGUGAUAUCGUUGGCGCGAGUAAAACUAACGAGAGUCUCUGUCAAAACAAUAUGGCUAUUUUAAAACUUUUGUCAGAGGAAGUAUUUGACUUUUCCAGCGGACAAAUGACUCAGACAAAAGCGAAACAUUUAAAGGACACAAUGUGCAGUGAAUUUUCACAGAUAUUUCAGCUUUGCCAAUUUGUGAUGGACAAUUCGCAAAAUGUUCCAUUAGUAGCAGUCACAUUAGAGACGCUACUAAGGUUUUUAAAUUGGAUACCUCUUGGAUAUAUUUUUGAAACUAAAUUGAUAACCACUUUAAUAUUCAAGUUUUUGAAUGUACCAAUAUUUCGGAAUGUUACUCUCAAGUGUCUAACGGAAAUCGCGGCCGUUACCGCUACUAACGUACCGAAUUAUGAUGACAUGUUUGUUAUAUUAUUUAUCAACACGAUGCAACAAUUGGAACUAAUGCUCCCGCUGGAAACCAACAUACGUGAAGCAUACGCAGCUGGUCAAGAUCAAGAGCAAAACUUUAUCCAAAACCUAGCUAUGUUUCUUUGCACCUAUCUCAAAGAUCAUGGCGAGCUAAUAGAGAAGAAGCAAUUGAAUGAAACGCUAGUGAAGGCGUUACAUUAUCUCGUCCUCAUAUCUGAAGUCGACGAGGUUGAAAUAUUUAAAAUCUGUUUAGAAUACUGGAAUGGAUUAGCCGCCGAUUUGUACAAAGAAAAUCCUUUUGUUAUCUCUUCGCCAAUUUUCAUGUCCAAAAACUUGACGGUUCCUCCUCGGAGAUUAUUUUACGCUCCAGUUUUAACAAAAGUACGAUAUAUCAUGAUCAGUAGAAUGGCAAAACCUGAAGAAGUGCUUGUCGUAGAGAAUGAAAAUGGAGAAGUUGUCAGGGAAUUCAUGAAAGAUACCGACUCUAUAAAUCUCUACAAAAAUAUGAGAGAAACUCUUGUGUAUCUUACUCAUCUCGAUUAUUUGGAUACAGAAAGAGUAAUGACGGAGAAAUUACAAAAUCAAGUUAAUGGUGCAGAGUGGUCCUGGAAGAAUCUCAACACGUUAUGCUGGGCAAUAGGCAGUAUUUCAGGCGCUAUGCACGAAGAAGAUGAAAAACGCUUUUUGGUAACUGUAAUCAAAGAUUUACUUGGUUUGUGUGAACAAAAGAAGGGAAAAGAUAACAAAGCUAUAAUUGCUAGCAAUAUCAUGUAUGUUGUUGGCCAGUAUCCACGGUUUCUCCGAGCUCAUUGGAAAUUUUUAAAGACUGUUGUAAAUAAACUUUUUGAGUUCAUGCAUGAAACGCACGAUGGAGUGCAAGAUAUGGCCUGCGAUACUUUUAUUAAAAUAGCACUAAAAUGCAGACGACAUUUUGUUACCAUACAAAUUGGAGAAGCAAUGCCAUUCAUUGAAGAAAUUCUUUCUACAAUUAGUACCAUCAUAUGCGAUCUUCAAACACAACAAGUACAUACAUUCUAUGAGGCGGUUGGUUACAUGAUAAAUGCUCAAGCCGAUACUGUAAUACAAGAACAAUUGAUUGAGAAAUAUAUGCUUCUUCCUAAUCAAGUUUGGGAUGACAUUAUUAGUCAAGCAUCCAAAAAUGUGGAUGUCUUGAAGGACCAAGAGGCCGUGAAGCAACUCGCCAGCAUCUUAAAAACAAAUGUUAGAGCUUGCAAAGCUCUUGGGCACCCGUACGUGAUACAAUUAGGAAAAAUAUACUUAGAUAUGUUGAAUGUUUAUAAGGUUAUGAGUGAAAAUAUAAGUGCUGCGAUAUCUGUAAAUGGUGAGAUAGUAAUGAAGCAACCUUUAAUCAAGAGUAUGAGAGUAGUGAAAAAGGAAACAUUGAAACUAAUCUCAGAUUGGGUGAGCAGGACGAAUGACCAUCAAAUGGUGUUGGAAAAUUUUAUACCGCCAUUGCUGGAUGCCGUUUUGCUGGAUUAUCAAAAAACGAAUGUUCAUUGUGCUAGAGAGCCCGAAGUGCUUAGUGCUAUGGCUACCAUAGUGAACAAACUAGAAGCCCAUAUCACUAGCGAGGUACCUAAAAUAUUUGAUGCAGUAUUUGAAUGUACUUUAGAAAUGAUAAACAAAGACUUUGAAGAAUUUCCCGAACACAGAACAAAUUUUUUCCUUCUCUUACAAGCGGUAAAUGUCCAUUGUUUCCCUGCAUUUCUUUCAAUUCCGCCGGCCCAGUUUAAACUGGUUCUUGAUUCAAUUAUUUGGGCCUUUAAACAUACAAUGAGGAAUGUAGCAGACACAGGACUACAAAUUCUUUAUCAGCUUCUGUUAAACAUUGAACAACACGAGCAAGCGGGUCAAAGUUUUUACCAAACAUAUUUUACAGAUAUUCUACAACAUAUAUUUAGCGUUGUCACGGAUACAUCGCACACAGCAGGCCUUACAAUGCACGCUACAAUUCUCGCUUAUAUGUUUACACUGAUUGAACGUGGGAAAAUUCAGGUGCCACUUGGCCCUGUACCUGAUAAUACUUUAUAUAUACAAGAAUUUGUUGCAAGAUUGCUUAGAGCAGCCUUUCCGCAUUUAACUGAUAAUCAGAUUAAAAUAACUGUGCAAGGUUUAUUCCAUCUUAAUCAGGAUAUCACUGCGUUUAAGGAGCACCUCAGAGAUUUUCUCGUGCAAAUCAAAGAAUACACAGGUGAGGACGAUGCCGAGCUUUACUUGGAGGAACGAGAAACAGCUUUACGGCUAGCCCAAGAGGAGAAGAGGCGGCAACAAAUGGCCGUUCCGGGCAUCCUUAAUCCUCACGAAAUGCCAGAAGAGAUGCAGGACUGAAUUAACCAUAGUCCGUAUCCUAUCAUUUUAUGCACAUUUGAUGAAAAACACUCUGUGAAAGGAAUUCUUGUAUCCUUUGAGCUGUAAUUAUCCCUGCGACAUCACCAUCAUCAUCUCAUCAUCAAAAAUAGAUAAAAUAUUAAUUACUUACUAAAACCGAGUCUGCAAAAGAGAGAGAGAGAGAGAGAGAGAGAGAGAGAGAGAGAGAGAGAGAGAGAGAGAGAGAGAGAGAGAGAGAGAGAGAGAGAGAGUAUACCCUUGUUAAGGAGGUAAGCCCGAAACGCGGUGACUGUUUGUUUGUCUGUUAUAGGAUUUUAAAGAAAUUCGAGUUUCUGUUGUGGAUAUAAUGGGACAAUUGCCUGCUAGCGAUGCUAUUUCAUGUAAUGAGAUAAAAAGAUUGCUGAAAAAUUGCUUCUCUCAGAGAGAAUCGAUUAUUUCAGAGAAAUUGAUUCCUAGAAUAUAAAACUUUUACAGAUUAAUUCUCUCUAAUUAAUCAGAAUGAUAAAAAACGGUGAAUAUGGCAAAAAUAACGUUACCAUUCUUCAGAAUUGUCCUCAAAAACGGCUCGAUAUAUUGUAUGAUAAAUUUCUGUAUAAGGAAUUUCUACAUACGAACAUAGACACACACACACACACACAUACACACACAUGUGAGAGAUCUAUAAUACUAUUAUAUUAAGUUUUGUUUUAGCAUUUCUGCGAGUUAAGAGAAUGCCUGUAGUUCACAGAAUUGUUUUGUGCACACUUUUGGCCAUUUAAAUUUACCGUUGGAUGGAUAUGAAUAUGUAUGUAUGUAUGUAAGCUUACUUGUGAUAGCUUAUACUAAUGUAUUGAUACAUGAAUUUGUUAUAAUAUAAAUAAUACACAAAAUUUUUUUCCUGUUCCAUAUUUUUUAUUCAGCAAAAUGAUACUCUCUUCGUAUAAUUGAAGACGUAUUAUUAUUCAGCCGUGAUAUAAUAAAAUCAUUUCCAUAUCUCAUGUCAAUAAAAUCAUUUCUAUUUCUGAAAGGUAAUAAAUAACUGAUGGAAUGUAUUUACAAAUACUGUGGGAUAAAACAAAUACGCGAACGAUAAAACUUAUAUCUACUAGAUGAAGGCAAAUACA